GUGGACACCAUGAACUAUGUGGGGCAGCUGGCGGGCCAGGUGCUGGUGACCGUGAAGGAGUUGUAUAAAGGGAUCAAUCAGGCCACCCUGUCGGGGUGCAUUGACGUGGUCGUGGUCCGGCAGCCCGAUGGGACGUUCCACUGCUCCCCUUUCCAUGUCCGGUUUGGAAAACUGGGUGUGCUGCGCUCGAGGGAGAAAGUGAUUGACAUAGAGAUCAAUGGAGAACCCGUGGAGCUGCAUAUGAAGCUGGGAGACAACGGAGAAGCCUUUUUUGUCCAGGAAACAGAGCGGAAAAAUGAGAUCGUCCCGGCCCACCUGGUGACGUCGCCUAUCCCCACAGAGGAGGUCCUGAUGAGGAUGAGAGAGCCCAGAUGUGGGGGAGCGAUAGGAGAAACCAGCCAGCCUCCUUCCCCAGAAGACCAGGCCUCUGGAAGUGUCCAUCUCUCAGCCGGCAAGAAGAAGAAGAGGCGCAGGAGGAAGCACAAAGCCGAGCCGCGAAAGGAGGAGCAGGCUGCUGCGAGCGGGGAGGCGGAGCUGUGUGAGCUCAGCUCGGACGAGGAGCAACAAGCUCACAGUGGACGAACAUCAUCGCUUUCUGUGGUGAAGGACAGCGUGGAGCAGAGGCAGCAUUCCCCUCUCACCGCGCUCGAAUGGGACAGCUACCCCUUCUCAGAUGGAGACUGGGCUCCCUGCAACGUGGAUGUGUCGGAGCCCAUGUCGCCCAAAAGCGACUCGGAGUUGAUGGUGAAACCGACGGAGAGCAUGCUCAGGGCUGACUCGCACAUGCAGUGGACCUGGGGGGAGUUUCCGGAAUCUACAAGGGUCAGCAAAAAGGAGCAAAAACAGGAGCAGAAUAAGUUGGCCAUCACUCCCUCGGAGAGCACACAUUUCAGGGUUAUUCUGAGCUCAGAAGCCAUGGAAGAAGAGUCCAUAUCAGAGCAGAGGGCCACAGAUCCCGUUUGCCGCAUAUUAAAACCGGAGCCCCGCACCCUCAAACCCGAUAAGCACGUCUGCAGCCUGAAUCCGUCCAAAACUCCAUUAUGUCAUGCAAACAUUACUGAGUCCGAGCCAGACCUUUCAGACCUUAUGCCAACCAGUCUCUCCAGCGAGCAGUGUCCUCCCAAAAAUGCCCGCAAGGCCAGGUGGACGUCCUCCCCGCCCAGCCGCAGGGAUAACGGCAAAGAGGCCGGAGACUCGGCCGCUGUUUGUCCUGAAGGAAGAGCCUCCUCCAAAGAUACUGACUCACCUGUGAAGAGGAAAGUGGUGAGGAAGAGGAGCCAACAUCAGGGGCCAGAAGAUAUUUACUUAGAGGAUCUGACUGCUCUUGAACCGGAUGUUGCUGCUCGUUACUUCCCUAAAAGUGAGUCUGAGCAGGUUUCUAAACACUGGGUGGAGACGGGACAGAGCUCUGGAUCCCAGUCUCCGCAGUCGGUGGGCAGCGCCGCGGCGGACAGCGGGACCGAGUGUCUGUCCGACUCUGCCGGGGACCUGCCCGACGUCACUCUGUCGCUCUGCGGAGGCGUGGGCGAGAACUCAGAGAUCUCAAAAGAAAAAUUCAUGGAGCACAUCAUUACCUAUAAUGAGUUUGCAGAGAAUCCAGCGCUCAUUGACAAUCCCAACUUGGUUGUCAGAAUCUCAAACCGAUAUUACAACUGGACGCUGGCAGCACCGUUGGUACUUAGCAUGCAAGCUUUCCAGAAAAACCUGCCCAAGGCAACAGAAGAGGCCUGGGUCAAGGAGAAAAUGCCCAAAAAGUCUGGACGCUGGUGGUUCUGGAGGAAGAGCAGCACGAAACAGUUAAUGUCUGAGACCAAGUUGGAGAGACAGGAGUCUCUGGGCAGAGAGAGCCCUGCCCUCCACCAGGCCCCAGAAACACAGCAGAAAGCUGCUGAGUGGUCCAGUGAUGACGAGACGAAGGAGCUGAACGCCAAAGCUCCCGCCCUGACACCUACUGAGCGCGUGCAGUCCGAAGGCGCCUCUCCAGCUGCGGGUCACUCUUACAAGAAGUCCCUUCGCCUGUCCUCGGAUCAGAUAGCCAGCCUGAAGCUGCGAGAUGGGCCGAACGACGUCACCUUCAGCAUAACCACGCAGUACCAGGGAACCUGCCGCUGCCAGGGCACCAUCUACCUGUGGAGCUGGGACGAUAAAGUCAUCAUCUCCGACAUCGACGGGACCAUCACAAAGUCGGACGUGUUCGGUCAGAUUCUGCCACAGCUCGGUAAAGACUGGACUCACCGGGGGAUCGCCAAGCUUUACAACUCGGUUCACGAGAACGGCUACAAGUUCCUGUACUGCUCGGCCCGGGCCAUCGGCAUGGCCGACAUGACUCGGGGAUAUCUGCACUGGGUGAACGACAGAGGGACCCUGCUGCCUCAAGGACCCCUCAUGCUCUCCCCCAGCAGCCUCUUCUCCGCCUUCCACCGAAAGCGACCGCGCGGAGAGGUCAUCGAAAAGAAGCCCGAGAAGUUCAAGAUCGAAUGUCUCACCGACAUUAAGAACCUGUUCCUCCCGAACACACACCCCUUCUACGCGGCCUUUGGGAACCGAGAGAGCGAUGUGUUCGCCUACAAGCAAGUGGGCGUGCCCGUGUGCCGGAUCUUCACAGUGAAUCCUAAGGGGGAGCUGAUCCUGGAGCAGGCCAAAGGCAAUAAAACAUCAUACAGCCGGCUGAGCGAGCUGGUGGAGCACGUUUUCCCUCUGCGCUGCACGCAGCACAGCGCCACCUUCAGCUGCCCCGAGUUCAGCUCCUUCUCCUACUGGAGACAGCCCAUCGCCCAGGUGUGCUUCGAGGAGCUGCUGUGA